AUGAAGACUGGUAUUUUACCCUUGGUAUCAAAUGAAGAUGUUGAACUUGCACAAAAUACAUGCUUAGAAUCAAUUGAACAUGAGGAAAAAGAAACACUUAAUGAUACUCAGAUUGUUGAAACCAUAUUAGCAGAACAAUUGGAGUAUGAGCAGGGUGAUCCAGAUGAUUCUGACAAAAAACCACCAAAAAUUACUGCUGCUGAAGGAAUAAGUGGGUUGAAAAGUUUUAUAUUGUUUGCUAAACAACAAAUAUGUGAUGAUUUCUUUUUUAAUAAUAAUUAUUUAAAAGUAUUUUGUAAAUACUUAUCAUUAAUGAAGCAAAAAAUUACUGAGUCUAUGAAUCAAAAACCCAUUACAGAUUUUUUUAAAACAGCAGAUCAAAGUAUGUCUAUUAAUGAUAAUUUUUUUAAUGAAACAGGAUUUUUUGAUGAUGAUAAUGUUUUUCCUAAUAAUGAAAAUUUUUUUGGUAGCAAUAAUUUUUCUGAUGACAAUGAUUUUUCAGGAGACAAUUUUUCUGGUGACAAUGAUUUCUUUGAUGACAAUAAUUUGUCUUAUUAUUAUGGGUUUUCUGAUAACUACAAUAGUUCUAAUGAUUAUUAA